GUGUGUGAUCCAACAACGUCUUUGUUAUAUAAAACCAAACCUAUUAUUUCGCAACAGACAUUGACUCUAAAGAGAUAAAAGACUUAAAAAGAUAGGCUAGUGAGUGAAGCCCCGUAGGUUUUAACGUUUCAGACUCUUUGAGGAGGAGAUGGAUCCAACGACGCCGUUUCUUGGCAAUGAGGUAAAGGAGGAUUACUCGCCGGCGAGGACCCUGAGCGAGGUGAAGCGAGUCUUUUCUAUGGAGUCAGCCAAGCUGUGGAAGAUCGCUGCUCCUAUAGGUUUCAACAUCAUCUGCCAGUACGGCGUCACCUCCUUCACCAACAUCUUUGUUGGCCACAUCGGCGAGAUAGAGCUCUCCGCCGUCUCCAUCUCUCUCUCCGUCAUUGGCACCUUCUCCUUUGGCUUCUUGCUUGGCAUGGGAAGUGCGCUUGAAACACUUUGUGGCCAAGCCUUUGGAGCUGGUCAAGUCCACAUGUUAGGCGUCUACAUGCAGAGAUCAUGGAUUAUUUUAUCCGUUUCAUGCAUCUUCCUCCUUCCUAUCUACAUCUUCGCCACACCCGUCUUGAGACUUCUCGGUCAAGCAGAGGAGAUUGCUGUUGCAGCUGGAGAGUUCACUCUUCUAACCAUCCCUCAGCUCUUCUCGAUGGCUUUCACUUUCCCUACCUCAAAGUUCCUUCAAGCGCAGAGCAAAGUCAUCGCCAUCGCUUGGAUUGGUUUCGUCGCUCUUAUCAUGCACGUUGCUAUGCUCUGGCUGUUCAUAGUUGUGUUUGGUUGGGGAACAAACGGUGCCGCUUUGGCGUUUAGUAUUACGAACUGGGGAACAGCGAUCUCUCAGAUUGUUUAUGUGAUUGGUUGGUGUAAUGAAGGGUGGACUGGCUUGACUUGGUUGGCUUUUAAAGAGAUUUGGGCUUUUGUAAGGCUCUCUAUUGCGUCUGCUGUUAUGCUUUGUCUUGAGCUUUGGUAUAUGAUGAGUAUCAUUGUCCUUACUGGUCGUCUUGACAACGCUGUCAUCGCUGUUGAUUCCCUUUCUAUAUGCAUGAAUGUUAACGGUGUGGAGGCUAUGUUGUUCAUUGGAAUAAACGCUGCUAUAAGUGUCCGUGUCUCUAAUGAGCUUGGGUUAGGCCGUCCACGAGCAGCUAAAUACUCUGUCUAUGUAACGGUGUUCCAGUCUCUCCUCAUUGGUCUUGUCUUUAUGGUGGCUAUCAUCAUAGCCAGAGAUCAUUUUGCUAUCAUCUUCACAAGCAGCGAAGUACUAAAACGGGCAGUGUCUAAGCUAGCUUAUCUUCUUGGCAUAACCAUGGUUCUUAACAGCGUGCAGCCAGUUAUUUCCGGUGUGGCUAUUGGAGGUGGUUGGCAAGGCUUAGUGGCUUAUAUCAACUUGGGUUGUUACUACAUUUUUGGCCUUCCCUUUGGGUAUCUUCUUGGUUACAAAGCAAACUUGGGAGUGAUGGGACUUUGGGGUGGAAUGAUAGCAGGAACAACGCUUCAAACGUUGUUACUGAUAGUUGUUGUAUACAAGACAAACUGGAAUAAAGAGGUGGAGGAGACAAUGGAACGUAUGAAGAAGUGGGGAGGGAGUGAAACAAAGGAUUUAAUUGCAUGAUUUGUGGUUUCUCUUUUGUUUAGCUUUGAAAAUGAAUAUGUAGCUCUAAGGCUUUUUUGUUUGUGUUCUCUCAUUGGUUUGGUACCACCAGUAGUAACUUUAUUAGGCUCUAGGAAACUGCUCGACCAGUGAAGUAACAAACGGUGCUUUUGCUAUUUUCUUCCAAAAGAAAAGAUAAAUGCAACUGAAACCUACCAAAUGUCA